GAGGAUGAAAAGAGAAUGCUUGAUUGAAUAGGUAAAUACACAGAAUUUAUUUUUUUAAUUUUGAGAAAAAGAAUAUUCUGGUAGAACUUUUCUGGAAUAACAUAAUUCAUUUAUAGAAUCGGCUAAGAAUUUCUCCUUGCUGAAGCAUUCAAUGAAUUUUUAAUAAGUUCUGAACACUCAAAUCAUCUGGGGUCAAACAAACUGCUCUAAUCAGAUGAAAAAAAAUCAAAGUUCAUUUUUCAGUUGCUCUCAUUUUUGUUAUAACUGAAUAUUAUAAUGUUGCUGGUCACCAAUUACUUCAAAAGAAUAGCUGGAGAUAUACUGGAAUUUUUAAAAUAUGAAAAAACUGCAAAAAAAUGAGGCACUGUGGGAAAAGAAUGCACAUUACUAAUGGGCAGAAGACAUUUCAAAUAGAGAAGCUUCCUACCUGGUGAGACUUUCCUACUGUAUUCAUAUAGAACUCCAACAGAUGAGCUUCAAACAGUUUCCAGGUCACAUCCAAGAAGCUAAGAAUGAAUGACGUAUGGAAGUCACCUGUCAAGAACCUCAGAACCUGAUAUAAAUUCCAAUCAGAAUGGAAGAGGAUCCUUACCCCAAUGAAACCAUUGCCAACAGCACUCCAGUAAGUCACCACCCCAUGUCAAGACACAGUUUAUGGGAAGUCAUCACCAUAGCAACAGUGACAGCCAUAGUGAGCUUGGGUACCAUUGUAGGCAACAUUUUGGUCAUGCUAUCUUUCAAAGUCAAUAGCCAGCUCAAGACAGUCAACAAUUAUUACCUGCUCAGCUUGGCCUUUGCUGACUUGAUCAUUGGGAUCUUUUCUAUGAACCUCUACACCACCUAUAUCCUCAUGGGGCGCUGGGCUCUGGGAAGCCUGGCCUGUGACCUGUGGCUUGCCCUGGACUACGUGGCCAGCAACGCUUCGGUCAUGAACCUCCUGGUGAUCAGCUUUGACCGCUACUUCUCGAUUACCAGGCCUCUGACCUACAGGGCCAAGCGCACCCCCAAGCGGGCAGGGAUCAUGAUUGGUCUGGCCUGGUUGAUCUCAUUUAUUUUGUGGGCCCCAGCUAUCCUCUGCUGGCAGUAUUUGGUUGGGGAGAGAACCGUCCCCCCUGGGGAGUGCCAAAUCCAGUUCCUCUCAGAACCCACCAUCACCUUUGGCACUGCCAUCGCUGCCUUCUACAUCCCAGUGUCCGUCAUGACCAUACUCUACUGCCGCAUCUACCGGGAAACCGAGAAGCGUACCAAGGAUCUGGCCGAGCUCCAGGGUUCUGUUUCUGUGGCUGAGUUUGAGAGCAACAAGUCUCCACCAAAAGCCCUGCUUAAGUCCUGCUUCAGCUGCCAGCAGCCGACCGUGACCAAGAAGGAAAGAUGCCCAGCUUCCUGGUCGUCCUCGAGCAGGAGCACCUCGGCCGCAGGAAGGCCUUCUCAGCCCGCCAGUACCAACGGCGACUGGGCCAGAGAAGAGCAGCUCACCACUUGUAGCAGUUAUGCUUCCUCAGAAGAUGAAGACAAGCCAGUCGCUGAGCCAGGCUCCCCAGCAGCCUAUAGGAGCCAGGCCAAAAAAAGCCCGGAGGAGGAAUUCAGUGCUGAAGAGACCAAGAAAGCUUUGGUGAGAGAAAAUCCCGUGAACGAUAACUACGAGACAAAGAAAUAUGUCUCGCCCCCAAUCCCCAUCCGGGGCCCCAAGAGUCAAAAAUGUGUGGCGUACAAAUUCCGGUUGAUAGUAAAGGCUGAUGGGAGUCAGGAGACCCACAAUGGCUGUCAUAAGGUGAAAAUUAUACCUUGUUCAGUCCCUGUAUCCAAGGAACCUUCCACAAAAGGCAUGGAUUCCAGUCUCAGCAGCCAAAUGACCAAGAGAAAGAGGAUGGUCCUGGUGAAGGAGAGGAAAGCAGCCCAGACGCUGAGUGCCAUCCUCCUGGCUUUCAUCAUCACAUGGACCCCCUAUAACAUCAUGGUGCUGGUGUCUACCUUCUGUAGCAAGUGUAUCCCUGUCACCCUGUGGCACCUGGGCUACUGGCUAUGCUAUGUGAACAGCACUGUCAACCCCAUCUGCUAUGCCCUCUGUAAUAAAACUUUCAGGAAGACCUUUAAGAUGCUGCUCCUAUGUCGGUGGAAAAAAAGAAAGGUGGAUGAGAAGCUCUGUUGGCAAGGGAACAGCAAACUGCCAUGAAGUGGCAGCUCCCCUCAUGGCAGCUAUUGCAGACAGGGCUUCCUAGAAUGGGCGGGCCUGCAGCAUUUGCUUUCUUUCACUUCAAAAAUAAAACUGUCACUUUAUGUUCCUGAGAACUAACUAAAAGAGAAGAAAGGCCCCAGAGACAUCGGCCUUGACACUGGAAUGCCAGCAGCCGCAGGAACUCUUUAUGGAUCACUUUUUGGCCAGCGAGAAGGCUGACCUAGGCCAUUGUCAGAUGGGCCAUUGAUGUGAGUAGUCACUUGGAAGAGAAGGAACCCCUUGUGAUAUGUACCAUUGAUUUGAGGGGCACCCAUCGAGCCAAAAUGACUA